GCUCAAAGGGUUAUGCACCAACCAACCUAACUAGAGGCUUAAUCUGAAGAUAGAUACAACAGUUACAAAUAUCACUACAAAAAAAAGUUGUAUUUAGCGGGGAUUAUUUUGGAGAGGUUAUUAAAACCCCCUCAAAUAGACUUUAUGUAGAAUAAUUCUAAAAGCCAACAAUAGCGGAGGUUUUGAUUUCUUUUGAAGAGGUUGGUUACCUUAAAAUUUAAAAUGCUUUUUUUCCCGUUUCCCUCAUUUAUUUUAAGCAUUCCCUCCCAAAAUUUUACUUUUUCUUUCUCCAAAUUUUAGGUUCUUCUUUUCUAGAAUUAUAUCACAACAAAUCCAAAAGACUGAAACCCUUCAUGCCUCAGCUUCUUCCUUGACCUUUCACUGUCUCAGUUUGCUCUUCAUCCUUCACUGCCUCAGUUUCUUCUUCACCCUUCACUGCCCUCAAACGCCGGUGAGGAUUCUGGCGAGGCUCAUCUAAUGGCAACGUCAAUAACCACCGUGCGCCUCCUCGGAAUAACUUUCUCCUUUGCCCCUUUCUAUCUCGCACUCAACGCAACACCUAAACCCUAAGCUACCAUUUCCGGCAAUCCCACCGUUGUCAGCAUCGUCGGUCAACUACUGCGUGCUCCUCCACUGCCAAAUCCUCGUGAAGCAAUGUACAAGAAGAUACACGUUUCUGGUUCCUCUUCUUCGGUAUGCAUUGCAAUAUACUUGUUUUCCUUUAGUGUGUUNGGGUUUGUAGCUCUACUAUCUUUAAGUGUCUACUGGCACAAGAAAAGAGUCAGAAAAGGUAAUUUGUAGCUCUACUAUCUUUAAGUGUCUACUGCUUUUUUACGUUUGNCAUCUUUCUAUAUGUUUUAAUUUAUUGCAAGCUUUUAUCAGGAAUUUUACCCGAGGUUCUCCAAGCUUCCAGGAGGAGCCUCAGGAACCGUGCUUUGUUUUAGUUCAAAUAAAAGAGAAAGGUGAUAAGUAGAAAUGGGUUUAAAUGUCUGAAAGUGGUUGGGUUGUGUUUCUGCAGUAGGUUAGAGUAGUUAUAGGAAAAAAAAAUGAUGAACCUCUAAACUGAAUGUGUCUAUUUCGAUGUUCUUGCUAUUCAUUUUUGUAUUGCGAGUAGGAUUGGUUUUAUUAUUAAGUGGUUAAAUUGUUAAAAAUGUGAUUUUGGAAAAAUAGGUAUUACUCUGUGUUUUGGUUAUUUUAGUUGGGUUUUAUAAUUGAGAUGAUAAUAAGCUGGAAAAUUAGAAGUAAUGUAUGCUUUGGUUAAAAAGAGGAAAAUUGAUCCUAUGUUUGAGCUGGCAUUGUUCCGGUUGGUAUGAAAUAAUGGGUAUGUUGAUAUUAAUGGUAUUGUGGCAUUCUAAACACGAGAAGGAUGAUAUAUGAGGAUGUUUUAGGUGGGUCUUGGUUAUUAAUGAGUAUAUGGAGUGGAAAUUUAUGGUGGUUAUGUACAUUUUUNUGGUUGGAUUAAAUAUAUAGUAGUGGAUUACUGGGGCAUGCCAACUUCAUCCGCCAUUCCUGCACUGCAUGGAAAGGUUUCUUCUACUGUAGUUGCUGGGGGGAUGAUUACUGCUGGGUCAAGAGAUGGUGUUCAGUCACAAAUUUGGCUACAGGACGAAAGAGAGCUUAAAAGACAAAGGCGGAAGCAGUCUAACAGAGAAUCCGCAUGUAGAUCCAGGUUACGGAAGCAGGCAGAAUGCGAUGAACUAGCUCAGCGUGCUGACGUUUUGAAUGAAGAAAAUGCCACUCUCCAAGCAGAAGUAAGCAGGAUCAGGAGUGAGUACGAGCAACUACUUUCUGAGAAUGCUUCCCUCAAGGAGAGACUUGGGGAGAAGCAUGAUUAGUGAGACUUGGGGAGAAGCAUGAUAUAAUAUGAUAUACAUGAUGGUCAUACCUUCUCUGCUACUUUAGAAGUUAGUGUUAGCAGUAAGAAGCAUGAUUAGUGAAACUAAUUAUUGUCCAUNAUAUGGAUUGCGGUGCUUCUGAGCACUGCCAAUUUUAUUUGCUACAGGUAUAUAGAUAUGUUUAUUGAGCUCUUUUUAGUGUUAUAAAUUUGUGAAUACUUUUAGGAGUAAUAUAUAUAAUAUUAUUGAAUGGAGUUGUAAUGUUAAAAGGUCUGGAUAAUGGAAAACAGAUGCAAGGAUCACUUUUAAUAUUAAAAUAUUGAUAUUGAAUUAAGAAUGGGCUAUUGGUUGUUUCGUUCA